AUGGACUUUCUAGCAUGCACGCCAUCGACGUUGAAAUUGACGGUUAGUCCGACAUUAAUGAAACCAAGAUUGUUACAUAUAUGUUUCAGGCCAACAGAUGUUGCGCUCGAUAUGCUAUCCCUGCAACACGUGUGGCAAGACGUACAAAUGGAGAGAAUCGUUAAGUCUGCACAAACGAAUGGAGUGCGUCCCGAGACUGAUCGUGAAGAAUAUAGAGAAGUUGAAGUACGCGAAAAAACCGGUCUGCUGACUUCGAUGCUGCUGUCCCAUGACAACUCCUGGAGCCAACAACGAUUCGAUGAGACGAUAUACAAAACGCCCAGAACUUCUUCAAAGAAGAACACGAGCGAUAUAAAAUACGAAUGCAACAGAUGCGGGAAAACGUAUAAAGCCACGACGUCCUUGAGCCGACACAAGCGACUCGAGUGCGGCGUUGUGCCUUGCGAGGUAUGCCCUAUCUGCGGCCGCAGAUUCAAGCACAGAUUCGUCCUGAACGCGCAUAUUGUUGGCUACGGUGCCCUGAUAGACGAGCUUAGCGAAUUCAAGCUUAACGCCAGUAUAUCCCGAUAUUUCUUGAGUCGCGGCAAAGCGGCGGCACCGGAGGAACAACAUUUUAUGUGCGGCGAAUGCGGCAAAGGAUACAAAUGGAUGGAUAAUCUACGGCGGCAUCAGAGACUGGAAUGCGGCAAACUACCUAAGUGGCAUUGCGAAAUUUGUCAGAAAAUGUUCUAUCGUCGAUACGAAUUGACCAAGCAUAUGAACUUGAAGCAUCAUCUAGAGUAA